CCGCGCCCGGGCCCCCGCCGCCGCCGCGCCCCCUGCGGGAGAUGGAACAGCGGAACCGGCUCGGUGCCCUCGGAUACCUGCCGCCUUUGCUGCUGCACGCCCUGCUGCUCUUCGUGGCCAACGCUACAUUCACCGAAGUCCCCAAAGAUGUGACAGUACGGGAGGGAGACGACAUCGAAAUGCCCUGCGCGUUCCGGGCCAGCGGAGCCACAUCGUAUUCGCUGGAAAUUCAGUGGUGGUAUCUCAAAGAGCCUCCCCGGGAGCUGCUACACGAGCUGGCGCUGAGCGUGCCAGGCUCUCGGAGCAAGGUAACAAAUAAGGAUGCAACUAAAAUCAGCACCGUGCGUGUCCAGGGUAAUGACAUCUCGCACCGGCUUCGGCUCUCGGCCGUGCGACUGCAGGAUGAGGGCGUAUACGAGUGCCGCGUGUCAGACUACAGCGACGACGACACGCAGGAGCACAAGGCCCAGGCGUUGCUACGCGUGCUCUCGCGCUUCGCACCGCCCAACAUGCAGGCUGCUGAGGCCGUGUCCCAUAUCCAGAGCAGCGGCCCACGCCGCCACGGAUCCCCCAGCGCCGCCAACACCAACAACGCGGGCGCCACGGGCCGCACCACUUCUGAACCUGGCCGAGGCGACAAGAGCUCACCACCCGGGAGUCCCCCUGCAGUUUCUGGACCCGGAGUUCCAGAAUCCGCUGCCGCCUCCGCAGCCCACACAGCCACCACUACCGUCGCAUCUGCUGCGGCUGCUUCGUCAGCGUCGCCACCACUGGGCCAGGCUGUCCUUCUGCGCCAGAGGCAUGGCUCCGGAACCGGCCCCAGCUACGCCACAGACCCGCUCCUGUCCCUGCUCCUGUUAGCCCUGCAUAGGUGCCUGCACUUGCUCCUGGGGCACUGACAGACGUGGCACCCAAAGACCUCAGCAGGCACACACCACCUGCCUGCACCCCUAGGGAGGACCACGUCGCCAGAUGGACACAGAGAGACUGAGAAAAGCAUGAAGAAGUCCACGCAGAAAAUAAAUAAAUCAUAUUUUUGGGAAAGUCACACAAAUGUAGAAUACCCAAAAUAAUGCAUCUAGUUUCCAAAUAAGAUGGAGUUUGGACCAUGCAGUGAGCAUGGGAUCAAUGAUUUCUCUACUUCAACAUAUUUUUCUUUUCUACACCUUCCCUCCAAGUCUUCAUUUUGCACGAACUGUUGAGCAGUUAUCUUUAGGAUAAUAUGUAAAAAUGUUGGGUUAAAGCCUUUCUGACAAAGCAAAAUAUUUUUAGUAGAUUAUUGUGUUUAGGAUUUUUUUUAAUUUACUUUUUCUUUGGGGGCUUUUCUUUUUUAUUAAAUUAUUUCUUUUGAGACAUUUUGAUUAAAAAAAGACAUCAUAAUUAAAAUUCACUGUCAAUAAUAUUUAUUUUUAAAUAAAGAUUGGAAACAAGGCCAGACACUUGUUUAUAAACUGUAUUGUAUAUUGCUAAAUAACAGUUGAAUAAAAAACACCUUUGAAAUAAC